AUGGCCCCCACCGCCUCCUUCAUACCCGAUUCAGAGAGGGCACCCUCGUCCUUCAUACUUCCCGAUCUUGUCUCUCAUUGCAAGUUCCCUCUCACAUAUCACCCCCAAGGCGACGAGAUAGCUCUCCAAUCCGUUACCUGGCUCGAUGCUAUGUGUCCCGACCUCUCUCCCAAAGCCCGAAAGGCUCUUUGGGGCCUUCAGGCCGGGGAGCUCACCGCUUAUUGCUACCCCGACUCCACCGCCGAACGUCUUCGAGUCGUCAGCGACUUCAUGAACUACCUCUUCCAUCUCGACAAUAUCAGUGACGGUAUGAUGACCCGUGAGACCGACGUUCUGGCCGAUUCAGUCAUGAACGCGUUGUGGUACCCCGAGGAAUACAUGCCCACACACGCCAAAGGGAAGGUGCAGCCUGCUGAAGAGCUCAACGCUGGAAAGAUCGCCAGAGACUACUGGUCCCGCUGCAUCACAGACGCUGGGCCGGGCGUUCAAGCGCGCUUCAAGGAGAGCCUUGAGCUAUUCUUCGAGGCUGUCAACGUGCAGGCUCGUGCCCGUGACGCGGACGAAGUUCAGGACCUCGAAUCCUAUAUCGACGUUCGCCGCGACACUAGCGGCUGCAAGCCCGUCUUCGAUCUCAUUGAAUACGCCAUGGGCUUCGACCUGCCAGAAGAGGUUGUCACCAACCCCAUCAUUAAGGCCCUCAAUCAAGGAACCAACGACCUCGUCACCUGGUCCAAUGACAUUUUCUCCUACAACGUCGAGCAGUCCCGCGGUGACACCCACAACAUGAUCGUCAUCCUCAUGACCUACCACGGCCAUACGCUCCAAAGUGCCGUCGACUAUGUCGGUGACCUCUGCAGCAAGACGAUCGACACUUUCAUCGAAAACCGCACAAAAGUUCCUUCGUGGGGACCGGAGAUCGACGUAAUGGCCCAAGCCUAUGUUCAAGGCUUGCAGGAUUGGAUCACUGGUUCUUUGCACUGGAGCUUCAUGACCCACCGUUACUUCGGCACCAAUGGCGCUGAAGUGAAGAAUACGAGGUUUGUGAAGUUGCUGCCGUUGAAGGGCGAACCCACGGUGGCCUAG